UCAGACAGAAGUGCCGAGUCAGCAGGGGGAAUAGUGACGGCCGAGUUACAUAGCGUGUGGAGUUACGCGAGGUCUGGGUCUAGGUGUAGUUCAGUUCGCUGCCAGUGCAGGCGGCGUUCCAGUGCGCGACGGGACACCACGCAGCGAGAGCCUCACGAUGGCCGUUUUCCUCGACUCGUGGAUCGCCGAGCUGUUGGUCGUCUUGUCAGCGGCGGUACUGGCAGCCUACCUGUGGUUCCAGCGCAGCUAUCGCUACUGGGAGACGAAGGGCGUACCCUACGUGGAACCGGCGUUCCCCUUUGGGAACUUUCGGCCCGUCGCCCUGGGGAAAAAGUCCAUUGGAGAACUCUUGCACGACAUGUACAGACAGUUACCAGGGGCGCGACUUGUAGGACACUACGGAUUCCGUCGUCCUCUACUUCUGGUCCGCGACCCUGACAUAAUCAGACAAAUACUCGUGAAGGACUUCGGAACGUUCCACGACAGGGGCCUGUUCUUUAAUGAAGAAGAACCGCUCAACAGGCACCUGUUCGCCCUGAAUGGAAGCAAGUGGCGCCAUCUGAGAACGAAGCUGACCCCAGUAUUCACAUCGGGAAAACUCAAGGGCAUGUUCAAGACGCUCCAGGACUGCGGCCGCGAAAUGGCGGAGGUGCUGGAGAGCACGGCAGACCGCGGGCAGGUGGUCGAGAUGCGCGAGCUGGUGGCCAGGUACUCCACUGACGUCAUCGCGUCCGUCGCCUUCGGCAUCGAGGUCCACUGCCAGCGAGAGCCGGACAACGAUUUCCGCCAAUGGGGGCGCAAGAUCUUCCAGCCGUCCCUCCAGGCCGGGCUCAACUUCAUGCUUGCCGUCGUCAGCCCGACGCUGGGAAAACUUCUGAAACUCAAAGACGGAGCAGCUGCUGUCAGCACUUAUUUUAGACGUAUGGUAGCGGAGACAGUUGCAUACAGGGAGGAGAACAACGUUUGCAGGAAAGAUUUCAUGGAUCUUAUGAUCCAACUCAAAAACAAGGGAUAUCUCGAAGGCGAAAAGCCAGAGAAUGGAGAGGGCGGUACCAAGGAAGUGUCCCCUACGAAGCUCACAAUAGAAGACGUGGCUGCACAGGCCUUUAUCUUCUUUGGAGCGGGCUUUGAAACAUCUUCAUCAACUAUGAGCUUCGCUCUCCAUGAACUGGCACUCCACCCUCAUUGCCAAACGAAGUUGCAACAUGAAAUCGAUUCUGUUCUUAAGGAAACUGGUAGUGAUAUCACUUAUGAUGCUCUCUCCAAAAUGCCUUACCUUGAUAAAGUUGUAUCUGAGACGCUACGGAAGUAUCCGGCGCUGCCACUCUUGAAUCGGGAGUGCAACCAGGAGUACAAAAUUCCAGACAGCGACAUCGUUCUGGAGAAAGGAACACCGAUCUCCAUAUCGGUGCUGGGCCUCCACCACGACCCCAAGUACUUCCCGGAACCCGAGCGAUUUGACCCUGAGAGGUUCUGCGAAGAGCAGAAGGCCAAGAGACAUCCUUACGUCUACUUACCUUUCGGAGAAGGACCACGCAACUGCAUAGGUAUGAGACUGGGCCUGCUGCAGACCAAGGUUGGCCUGGUGUACAUCUUGUCCAAGUACAGCGUGCGGACGACAGAGGCCACUCAGGUGGACCUGGACUUCAACGCCAGGAGCAUCAUACUCGUACCUAACGGCGGCAUUCAGCUCCGACUGGAGAAGAGGUGCUAGCAACAAGGACACACAAACUGUUUUACUGGAGUCUGAUACUGUCCUGAAAUUAACGCUUGUGUUUGUGAACUUAUUGUAAUUUGUGAUACUUCUAUAGGAAUCAUUUGCGCGGAAGACCUAAACCAGAACAUUGUCAGACUGUGCAAUACUUUACUAUACUUUCAAAGAGCACCUCAAGAUUGAAUUUGAGUCGACUCACACUGUUGUUGUGAUCUGACAAAUUGUAUCAGGUUAGAAUUAACAAUAUUUAACAAUGUGUAUAUUGUGCGCUGUCAAGGCAGUCAAAAUACUACAAACACUUUUUAUGCAUGAUAGCUAUGUAUUAUAGACAUGUACUCAAAUUCAUUACGGUCAGAUACACAAAAGAAAUCUAUAGACUGUUUGUAUUUCUUUAUAAAUAAAGGUUGCAAACAA